AUGUGUGGGAAGAAGAACUUUGAAGUCCAAAGAGCACUCCCCUCUGUAAUUAAUCAACCCCCCCCCCAAUCCACUGGGGACACAAAAUUCUCCAUGGCUUCCUUCCAGCACCUAAGCAGCCUGGUCGAGCUGGACCUGUCGAACAACAGCCUGGGAGCCCUGGAGACAGGGGCCCUCCUGCCCACCCUUCAGCAGCUGGAUCUGUCCCAUAACGCCCUGAAGAGUCUGCCCGCCCUACAGGGGCUGCCUAGCCUGAGGCGCCUGGCCUUGGGGCACAACGCCAUUGCCGCGCUGCCCGAGGCGGGCUUCCAGGCUCUGGGCCUCCUGCAGGACCUGGAGCUCCAAGGGAACAGGCUCCAGACUCUGACUCCAGGAGCCUUCGAGGGCCUGGUGGGACUGAAAGACCUGGACUUGUCCGAUAACCUUCUCAAGUCCCUGCCGCGGGAGCUGCUGGCCGGGCUGGGGGCGCUGGAGAUCCUGCGGUUGGAGAGGAACCAGCUGAAGAACGUGCCAGACGCCUUCUUCCCCGAGGACAUCCUCUUCGCCUACCUCUACUUGGCCGAGAACCCCUGGGCCUGCGACUGCGGGCUGGUGUACCUGCGCGACUGGAUCCUCGAGAACGAGAUCAGCAUGUACACGCGUGUAAAAGGCAAGGAAAAGGAGAUCACAGAGAACAACCCCGAGAGCAUCACGUGCCAGACACCGGCUGCAGAGGAACGACGCCCCGUCAUGCGCUUCCAGGCAGACUGCAGGAAACUCAAGGGUGACAGCGAUGCGGGGGAAGAGGGGGAGGGCACCCGGGAGAGCUCAGGAUAUCAUGCCACCACCACCACUCCAACCAGUGACCUUCUGACCACUGGGCUAGGCGCAGGCCCUGCAAGCACAGCUACGUCUCCCACAACGGUCGAGCCCCAGGCAUCCACUGAGAGGAAAGGACGCCCCGUUGUGGAUAUCCAGCCAGCUUGCAGAAAACUGGGAGAGGCAGAUGGGCAAGGGAGCCCGGGCACAUCACCCACUUCUGCCCCAAGAUCUUCCUCCUGGACAAUUACUGUAACAGAAGAUUGCAAGAGCGAGGAAAAAUGUUUGUGUUGGUGUUCUGGCUUCUAACGCAACAAGCAGGGAGUUGUUCUUUUAGGGCACGGUGCUCAGUUCAAGGCCAAAGCGCUUGGCAUAGUUAGUAAGUUGGCCUUUAAGUAAUCUCACCUCCUUGCAUGCUGACACAGAGAACCUUUCCACAAUCAGUUAGACCCCUUUUUAUAAAAUUAAGUCCUUUCCUUGUUUGGGCUCUUGAUCUGAACUGGUCCCAGUCCACUUCUGCUUCCGCAAACACCAAGUUGACCCUCCACCUUUCUAAAGUCGCUACUGUCCAGUUUCUCUGAUUAUCUCACCCCCCUCUUGCCACACUCAUUUAGAAUCUCCUCUGCCAGGACCUUCAGGGGAUUUUUGCUAUCUCACAGGCCUUGAAACGUCACUGCUCCAUCACGUGUGCUCGGGUCCAUUCCUUUAGCAAAGAGGGCAAAGAUUCAAGCUCUUGAUCUGUGUCUUAAUUAGACUGACCUGGCUACGAUGCAGGAACCUGAUCAUUUAACCAUUGCUUUCAGGCACCUUGCAUAAUUCGCAAAGCACUUAUAAUAUACAAUACUAACAAAACAACUCUGCUUACAAGAGGUUUAUUUUGGAAAGGGGAUCGUCAGAGAACAGUCGGCGGGGGUCCUCCUUCCAGGAAAAGUUGGCCAAUCCCAGGAAGCUGAAGACAAACAUGGGCGGAAGCAGAGGUAGAUGGAGGGCUCCGUGAUUAAACUAACACUGCAAAGGGGGGGAGGAGAAAAGGAGUCGCCCUCCACAUUUCACACAGGCCCGCCCUCCUCCCCCUAUUGCACAUGGUACAGCCUGGUGCCUCCAGCCAUUUUGGACUGCAAUGCCCAGCACAGCAAUGUUGGCUGGGACUGAUGGGCGUUGCAGUCCAAAAGAGAUGGAGGGCACUAUGCUGCUGUAGCCGAUGGCUGCUGCAAUCCACGAGGGGGGCUCUUCUGGGGCCCCAGAGCCAGGAGUCCACCCCUGCAGCCUCCAGGGCCCGUCCUUCCUCUUCCAGGCCCCCUGCCCUGCUCAACAGAAGGACCUCACAGCAGACAAACAGCUUAAGAGCAUGAUUGGUUUUUACUCAGUGGAAAAGAAAAUGUGAGGAAGGGGUGGGGAGCUCCGUGGCUGGCCAGUGUGGCUGCAGAGGUGGCAGCUUGGUUUGGAAAAGGGGACGUUCCACGGCAGGCCUCUGGCCCACAACCCCCCCUGCUCCCCGGCAAUAAAUAACUUCAACGCACUGCACCCCUUCUCCCCCCAUAUCUGCCCCCAAUCCACCAGGAGGGUUCAGUUCCUUCCUCAUGAUUGGAAAGCAGGGGGCCUCCGGAGACAUAUGCGCACACUUCAAAAAUGAGGGAGGGGGAUGUGCUCAUGGGACUUGAGAAAGGAGGUGGGGUGGGGGGUCAGAGUCCAUCCUUUCCCCCCCCUCUCCCCCCCCGGCCGCCUCAGGCACUGAGAAAGAACUUCUGGUAGAACUUGUUCAUCUGCUCCAAGAAGAUGAACGUGAGGACUGUGUGGGGGCCGAGGCGGGCAUAGUAGGGAGUGAAGCCUUUCCAUAGGCUGAAGAAGCCCUCGUAGCGGAUCACUUUCACCAGCACGUC